AUGAAGCUCAACGCCCUUUUCGCCGCAGCCUUCAUCGCCCUUUUCGCCCCAGGCGUCAUCGCCUUGUGGGAUUUGCUACCGUCCGCAGAGCAAGUUGGCAAAUUGGUACCAUCGGCAGAGCAAAUUGGCAAAUGGGUACUAUCAAAAGAGCAGAUUGAUGCCCUCUUCUUCUAUCAGUGCCAGGUUACUAUAUACUACCCGGGGGCGGAGAGAGGAAAGUUGCUGAAGUACCUUGCGGAACCGGGAGAACCAAUUCCUCUGCCCAAGUUCCAGGGCAAACUUUAUUACGCCAUUUCCGACUCUGGUUGCAAAUAUAGGGAGUACUCUAAGGGUGAUCCCUGGCCUAAAGGGCUCAAAGGUUACAAGGCGUUCGCGGCAUUUUAG